UCUAAAACCCUAAAACCCCCAUUUUUUCUCUGUAACUCUCAUCAUCCUUCACCAUGGCGGAUUCAUCAGCCAAAACUCAAAAAGAAAAAAUUGAAUUAGACGAAGAUUGCAAAACCUUCGAAGAACUAAGUCUCGAUCCUCGUCUUCUUCGAGCCUUAAACAAAAAAGGUAUUGUAAAACCUACUCCUAUUCAGCAAGUCGCCAUUCCCUUAAUUCUCGAAGGAAAAGAUGUGGUUGCUAGAGCAAAAACUGGGUCAGGGAAAACAUUUGCGUAUCUUCUUCCCUUGCUUCAGAAAUUGUAUACAGAUUCAGGUUCCAAUACACGACUCGCUCCUUCUUCAUUCGUCCUUGUUCCUACGCGGGAAUUGUGUCAGCAGGUUUAUUCAGAUGUAAUGUCAAUUAUAGAGUUGUGUAAAUCUCAGUUGAAAGUGGCUCAGCUAACCAGUUCAAUGUCCGCUCCACAAAUGAAGCAAGCGUUAGCUGGACCUCCGGAUAUUUUAGUAUCAACACCGGCUUGUGUGCAUACUUGCUUGUCUACUGGUGCUCUUCAACCAAACGCUAUUCAGGACUCACUUUCUAUGCUUGUGCUUGACGAGGCAGAUUUGCUUUUGUCAUAUGGCUAUGAAGAUGACCUAAGAGCUCUUACAAGUCAUGUCCCAAAACGUUGUCAGUGCCUCUUGAUGUCUGCUACGUCAAGUGCUGAUGUUGAGAAGUUAAAGAAGCUUUUACUGCACAAUCCCUAUAUUUUGACUUUGCCAGAGGUUGGUGGUAGCAAGGAUGAGAUAAUUCCAAAAAAUGUGCAACAAUUUUCGAUUUCUUGCAGUGCUCAAGACAAAUUCAUUUACAUCCUUGCGCUUUUAAAGUUGGAGCUGGUUCAGAAGAAAGUGCUCAUCUUUACUAAUUCAAUCGACAUGGGAUUUAGGUUAAAACUAUUUUUGGAGAAGUUUGGUAUCAAAUCAGCAGUUCUUAAUGCAGAGUUGCCGCAGAAUUCAAGACUUCAUAUGCUUGAGGAAUUCAAUGCGGGAAUUUUUGAUUACUUAAUAGCAACCGAUGAUGGUCAAGCAAAUGUAAAGGAUCAAGAUGGUGGGGAGAAAGAUACAGAGGGGAGAAAAUCCAAAAAACGCAGGAAACCGAAAUUGGAUGCUGAAUUUGGUGUAGUCCGAGGAAUCGACUUCAAAAAUGUUCAUACAGUCUUAAAUUUCGAGAUGCCUUCAAGUGCUGCUGGAUAUGUCCAUCGGAUUGGACGGACGGGAAGAGCUUUUAAUACUGGAGCAUCUGUUUCUCUUGUAUCUUCCGAUGAGAUGGAAGCUUUUGAAGAACUAAAGUCUACAUUAGCCGAGAAAGAAAGCGGUCAAACAAAUUUCGUUGUUCCAUUUCCUUUACUCUCGAAGAAUGCAGUGGAAUCUUUGAGAUAUCGAGCAGAGGACGUGUUAAGGAGUGUGACAAGUUUUGCUGUACGAGAAUCUCGGGCACAGGAUUUAAGAAAUGAAAUGCUUAACUCUGAAAAGUUGAAGGCCCAUUUUGAAGCUAAUCCUAGAGACUUAGAUCUUUUGAAGCAUGAUAAAGUCCUCAGCAAGAAAGAAGCUUCUGCGCAUCUGCGUGAUGUCCCUGAAUAUUUAUUGGACCCAACCACUCAAGAAGCAAGUAAGAUUGUUAAACUUGCUCGAGCCGCAAUGGGUCAGAGGAAGACUGGUAAUCAUCCUGGUCCAAAGAGAAACUCUAAGAGGAAGAGAGACCCCCUGAAGACAUUAUCAGCUGAGGGACCAAAGAAACAUAACAGGACGAAGAGGAAUAGAUAGCGAUGACGAUGAACUUAUGCAGCAGAGAGAAUGGUUUUAUAUUUGAUUUUAUAUCAGAUGACUCAUUUUUGAUAUCUCAUAUGGCAUGAUUGGCUGCAGUUCUGAAUUUGAGGAACUAGAGUUCCGGAAGUGAUCUUAUACUGCGUUAUAGGCAUGUUCUUUCGGAGAUUCUUUGUUCCAUUGGUAAAAGGCUAAAAGCCCACUAUCACGAAAUUAUUGUCGCUUUGUUAUGUAAUUGGGGCUUGUAAUUCGCAGUUGUAGUGUAGUCAAAGGUGCUUAAGAGUUUGAUUUUACUGUAUUAAAACAAGAAAAUUUGUUCUACUGAUCUCUAUUCUCUUCUAAAAUCUUGAAAAUAAUUCAAAUUUUUUAUUGAUUUUUUUAUAAUAAUUUUAAUUUUUGAUUAA